AUGAGAAAAACUGAUAGUCCAAAAAUCACUGCUUACAAUAAAAAAGAAGAAUACACCAAGAUAUCAUUUAAUCCUGAUCUUGAAAAAUUUGGAAUGACUGAAUUUACUGAUGAUACUGUUGCUUUGUUGAAUAAACGAGUAUAUGAUACGGCUGGAGUAGUAAAAGAUGUCAAGGUUUUCCUUAAUGAUAAACGUAUACAAGUUAAAAAUUUCAAGGAAUAUGUUCAAAUGUAUCUGAAAUCGGUAAAUGCAGAUGCUGCAUCAUCAAAAAUUAGUGUUGUGCAUGAAAAAUUUGGUGAACGUUGGGAGGUUGUCAUUGCACCUAGUGUCGAAGGUCAAUUCCAACAAGUAAGCUUUGUAAACAGUAUUUGCACAUCUAAAGGUGGACUUCACGUUAAACAUGUUACUGAACAAAUCACCACAAAACUUGCCGAACAUAUUGAAAAGAAAAACAAAGAUCUUAAGGUCAAGCCCCAGCAAGUUAGAAACCACAUCUGGAUAUUUGUUAAUUGUUUAAUUGAAAAUCCCACUUUUGACUCUCAAACAAAAGAAUAUAUGACAUUGAAGCAAAAUUGGCAUCAUAGAGAGUAUUGUGAAUGA